UGAAGAGGAAGAAGAGAAUGCGAUGAGAGAGAGAGAAAGGGGGUAGGAGGGGGUAUACAGAGGAACUGCAGCUCAGGACAAAGAUGGCUACAGUUCCCUUCGGCUCAUAUCCUGAGUCACCUUGUUUGCCAAAGAGGCAUAUCCUUCUGCUGGGGUAUUGUGGUGCUGGGAAGACCUCAUCCUGCAUCACCAUUACUGGCCAAGAGGAUAUUCAGAACAGGCCUUGCACAGAAGAACCUGUUCUCUACACAAAGACAUUGGGCAGCGGCCAUCUUCUUGUGGUGGACACACCUGGAUGGAAUUUGGAUAGAGAUGCAGCAGGAGAAAACCUGGACAGCCAGAACUCCACAGUGGCCUAUAUCAGGCACUUGUGUUACCCAGGUAUCCAUGCUGUCCUGCUGGUGGUGCCAAUUGGAGAGCCAUUUACUGAACACCACAGAAAGGGCAUGAUGGAUCGCAUGGAGGCAGCCGGGACAGACGUGUGGAAGUUCUCUAUAGUAUUGUUUACCAGGGCAGAUAGGCUCUGGGGCAACAGCAUAGAAGAUUUUAUCGCAGAAGGUGGAAAGGCGCUUCAGAGACUGGUGGACAGGUGUGGGAACCGAUAUCAUGCUCUGGACAACACCUGCACUGUCAACUGCACACAAGUUAAUGAGCUUCUGCAAAAGUUGGAAGAAAUGGUGCAGGAGAAUGAGGGAUCCUUCUUUGCAAUGAAUGAGAGGCUUGAGACACCUUCAAGCAAAUGGAUGUUGCAAGAAGAGGGAGAGGAAGAACAAAUGCGAAUGAUCACAGGUGAUACAGAUGUGACAUCACCAAUGUUUAGAUCACCACCACGAGAGUUGCGCAUGCUGUUAGUGGGAUGGCAAGGCUCAGGCAAAAGCUCAGCAGGAAACAUGAUCUUGGGUGCACACAAGUUUGAGUCUGGUUUCCAUACUGAAGUGUCUUUGCGCCAUCAGGCUCACGUUAAUGGGCGGCGUGUGACAAUAGUGGACACACCAGGCUGGGACUGGUUUUCCGUCCAUCGCACGCCUCGUUAUGUUAGAAAGGAAAUCAAACGAGGGGCGGGUCUGCUUCACCCUGGGCCACAUGCUCUCUUACUGGUCAUUCCUGUCAUUUCCACUCUCACUACCAGGAAGAGACGAGCCCUUAAGAGCCACUUGGAGAUGUUUGGUGAAGAUGCCUCUCUCCACACCAUAGUACUGUUCUCUUGUGGUGACUGGCUGGGCUGUACACCGAUUGAGGAGCAUCUCCAAAGAGAUGAUGGCCAAUUGUUGAGGCUGAUGGAGCACUGCUUAAAUUUCUACCAUGUGCUGGACAGCACUAAUGUAAAGAGGGGUCAAGAACAGGUCGGUGAGCUUCUGCUUAAAGUAGAAGAAAUGGUGGCACAGAAUAAAGAACAGCCGUUCUUACCGGUCAAAUUGUAUGAAGAAGAAGAAGACGAGACAUUGUGUGAGAAAUGCACUUUGCAGUGAGAAACCAAAUGAACAGCCCUUGUUCAAAUAUGAUUAUUUGGUCAAAAGGUUCAGUAAAGGGAUUUUCUGAAGAUACUUGAAUUAGGAUGAGUGAGGUGCCCUUUUUUAAAUAAUAAUUUUGGCUUUAUUACUUACCUAAAAUGAUUUAUUUUUCUGUAUCCUAAGUGUAUAUGAUCAUGAAAAAGCAUGUUUUGCCAGUUUUACUUUAAGAUUUUAGUGACUUUUAUCUUUUACUUUACAAUUGUGUCUUACAGAAUAGUCUCUUAAUAGAAUAGUUUCUAAAUGGAUUUUUGUCAUGAAUAUUGCACUGUUAGUAAUUUUACCUUAAAGUGUCAUUAGUAAGCUAAAAUAGUGUUAAAGAUUUUGCUGAUGAAAAUGUUGCUACUCCGACAGCUCAGCUCAAAAACUUAAUAUAUAGUAGCACUAUAAUAAACAUUAGGGCAUUGUGUGUCUCCCAGCAAUCGUCACUGUUAGUCUUAAUACAGCGCUUCUAUUUACAUGUCAGACCAUACAGUGUUUUGCUACUGAAUAUUUUGCACAUACUCUUUUCAACGAAAUAAAUUUCACAUUUUAAAAGGG